AAAGGAAGGGCUGGGCGGAGUGAGCUAGACCAUUUUUUGAUUGGAAUGGGGGAGAAACAUAGCCAAGGGGGUAAAGGAAAAAUAGGGAGACGAUUAGAGAGGCUAUAUUGUUGGAUAUGACGAAGAAUGGGGUGGCGCAGAAACUUCAUAAAGGUUCUAGUCUACUCCUGACCUGCAACUAAUGCUCCACAGAAGUCCUUCCAGUGGUUUAGUCUGGCCUGGUUUACCGGACCUGCGGAUGCUCAGGUUCAGCAAAACGCCGGGUGCCUCCUCCUCCCAGCCGGCUGGGGCCGCGGCGCGUCUGUGGGUGGGGGAAGCACUUUUUCUUCAGUAGAAGGCAGAGCCUUAUGAGAGCCCAACAUGAGGAAUUUUGCAUUCCUGAAUCCAGAGUCAUACUUGUAUAAAUUCCAUCUGGGGAAAGGGAAUUUUCAUCUCUUACACUGCUUAGUGUGUGCUUUAGUGGACUUUGCGAAGGUGGUGGUGGAGGUGGGAAUAGAGUGGGUGAAGUUGAUGAGGCCCCUGGAACUGCCAAGUCCUUUCAUUGGCCUGUACAACUAAAUUGAAGCAUACCAAGCACCCAGGUGUGCCCAUAUAGUACCGAGGAGGCUUCUGAGAGCACUUCCCUGCACCUACACCCUUAACAACAAGUGGAAAGAUGACAGCAGCAACACGACAAGAAGUUCUUAACCUCUACCGUAGCAUUUUCAGGCUUGCAAGGAAGUGGCAUGCGGCAUCAGAGCAGAUGGAAGACACCAUUAAAGAGAAACAGUAUAUACUAAACGAAGCCAGAACACUGUUUCGGAAAAACAAAAAUCUCACAGACACAGACCUGAUUAAACAAUGUAUAGAAGAAUGCACAGCCAGGAUUGAAAUUGGACUGCAUUACAAGAUCCCUUACCCAAGGCCGAUUCAUCUGCCUCCAAUGGGCCUCACCCCACUACAAGGCCGGGGAUUUCGAACUCAGGAGAAACUGAGGAAACUUUCCAAACCAGUAUAUCUCAAGUCUCACGAUGAAGUUUCCUAACCCAGAAGAAAGUUUAUGAAAAUGAUGAACCAACUAGAUCUUGGAUGUAAACCAGAUAACAAGACCCUUCUCCUUGAUUAAGGGCAGAAAUUCAAAUUUCUUCAGACCUCUGGAAUUGUUCUUCACUGUGAUGCUGCAUGCCUGAACAUUCCUGAGGUUUGUCAGGUUGUCU